AAUUUUGACCUAUUUCCAAACAAUAGUAAACUAAAAUCAAAAUUUCCGGCAUACGCAAUUUGCCUUGAUAAUAACCCUAAAGUCUUAUCGAGGUCACAACGAUAACAAAGUUCAAAGUGUAUCGUCUUUUCAACUUCCCUCGUGUAUCUUGGAACUUGAACCAUUUCAACGCCAGUUCUAUUUACAUCUUCAAGUGUACAACAUUUCUGUAAACAAAUUUCCUUUUUUGUACUUAAAAAAGUAAAAAAAAAAAAAAAAAGUUUCUCAUUACCCAGUACUUCCGCAUUGUUAUAUAAAUUAACAGUACUCGUCACUUUUUUUUUUUCAUUACCAUAAUGAAUUUUAUUGAUAAAUUACUAAAAAUUAUCAUCAGUUUCUGCAUUUAUGAAAUUUGUUCUUCACAAUUAGAAAAAGAAAAGGAACUUUUAAAUCGUUUUAAUCCAUUCAAAUUAUGUAAAAACAAUAUUCAAGGACUAAUACCAUCAAAUGUAACAAUUGAAAAACUCAGUGAAAAAUUAUUCCACAAUCUCAAUAUGGAUUGUCUUGAUCUUAAAGCACGUGGAAUAAAUGAAAUUACAUCAGGAUUUUUUAAUAAAUUUCCCCAUCUUCAAGUGGUGAAUUUAGAAAAUAAUCAAUUAAAUGUUAAUUCAUUUUUUGAUAAUCAAGAAUUAUUGAAUGUUAGAAUUUUAAAUUUAAACGAUAACAAAAGAACUGAUUCUCUAAAAAUAAUAAAGGGAUAUUAUCCAAAAUUAAAUGAUCUUCAUUUACGAAAUUUAAGUUUGAAAAAUUUGGAUUUAUCCCUUAUGACAAAUUUAAAUAAUUUAAUUCUCUCGGGAAAUGAUUUAUCACAAGGUACAUUAAAAAUUUAUAAAACAGUGAAUAGCUUAAUUCUCGAUGAUAAUAAAUUAAAGAAACUUGAACCAAUUCGUCUUUAUGAUAACAAUAAUAAUAAUAAUAUAACAACACUUGAAAUUGAACAAAAACUACGUAUAUUGAGUCUUAAUAAAAAUAUUUUUGAAAAAAUUGGUUGCAGUGAAAAAUCACAAUCAUUAUGUUUGGAUAAAUUAAAAAAUUUAAAUAUAUUAUUUUUAAGUGAUAAUAAUAUUUUUGAAAUUGAAUCAAAUGCAUUUAAUGAUAAUGGAAAUCUAAUAUUAUUGGAUCUCUCUGAAAAUUAUUUGGAAAAAUUAAAUGAAAAUUCAUUGAGUACUAGUUUAGUGAUUUUAAAUUUGGGUAGUAAUCCAUUGACAAAUGUACCAAAACUUUGUCGUUUAAUAAAUUUGGAAAUAUUGAUACUUGAUCAUACGAGAAUAUUGAGAAUUGUUGACAAUGAUUUUUGUGAAUUGAAAAAAUUGAAAAAAUUAUGGUUAAGAGAUGUGGGAAUUGAAAAAUUAUCAGAAAAUUCUUUUGGUAAUUUAAUUGCAUUAGAGGAAUUACAUCUUGAUGAUAAUAAAUUGAGUACACUUCAAGGAUGGCAAAUGCCAUUUAGUUUACGUGCUCUUCAUCUUGGGGGAAAUUCAUUUAAGAUACUUGCCGAUGCUACGAGAAUUGGUACUGCUUUUCUUGAAUAUUUAGAUCUCAGGAGAAAUCAAAUAAAUGAUUCUGAUGUUCGUUCUUUUAACAUUUCUAAAUUGCACAUUGAUUUUUGUUUUCAAACAAAUCCACUUGGAAAUGAUCAACAACUAACAGAAGAACUUCGUUCAUUAGUUGGAGAUUCAGUAUUUGGUUAUGAUAAAUUAUUACUGACAUGGUGUCAAAAACAACAUCCUGACAAUGUUUCAUUAGAUCUUUCAGGAUUGGAAUUAAAAAGACUGUCAGACAAUGUUAUUUCCAGUCAUCACGUCAUUUGCUUAGAUUUGCAAAACAAUAAAUUUCAAUAUAGGAUACUAUUUCAACUCUUUUAUAAUCAGCGAAAUCUUGAGUAUCUUAAUUUGGCCAAAACAGAUUCAUUUAGUAGUAGUUUAGAAAAUUUACAAAUUUUAUCAUUGAGUACAAAUAAUAUUGAUUCUAUUGAUAGUAAUACUUUUGAUAAUUUGUUGAGUUUAAUUGUACUUGAUCUUUCUGGUAAUCAAAUAAGUAAUUUAGAAUAUCGUUCAACAUUCAAUUUGCAAUAUUUGAUUUUAACAAAUAAUACAAUUUCAUCGAUGGAUAAUAUACAAUUGGGAAAUAAUACAACAUUAGAAUAUUUGGUUCUUGUGAAUAAUCCAUUAAUGAGUAUAACGCCUAAAAUGCUUCAAUUUUUGCCUGAUGAUACGACAAUUAAAAUGGGUUUUCUCUUACAAUUAUUUGGAUUGGUUAUAAUUACCCUGUGCUUUGAUUUUGGUGAAAGUUUUCAAACAAAUCCACUUGGAAAUGAUCAACAACUAACAGAAGAACUUCAAUCAUUAGUUGGUGAUGCAGUAUUUGGUUACGAUGAAUUAUCACUGACAUGGUGUCAAAAACAACAUCCUGACAAUGUUUCAUUGGAUCUUUCAGAAUUAGGAAUAAGAAAUCUUCCGAAAAAUUUUAUUUCCAGUCAACACGUCACUUGCUUAGAUUUGCAAAACAAUGAAUUUGAAAAUAGGACAGAAUUUAACAUCUUUAAGAAACAGCCAAACCUUGAGUACUUGAAUUUAGCCAAAACAAAUGUAAACCUACAAUAUUUGCUAUAUGAUGCUUCACAUCCAAAAAUUAAAACUUUAGUUUUAGAUAGAGCAAGUAAUUAUAGGUUCAAUGAGAAUGAAAAGGUACUUCAUCUUCGUUUUCCCAAUUUAGAAAAUCUUUCUUUACAACAAUUAAAUUAUCACAAUAGUUACAAUCCGCAUUUAUCCUAUAUCGAUUUUAGUUCAACAAAAUUAACUCACUUAUUUUUGUCAAACAAUAAUAUUCCUAAAUUAAAUGAUCAGUUUUUUGAAAAAUUCCCCUCAACAUUGACACAUUUAUUUUUAGAAAGAUGUAAUCUCAAUUCAUAUUCAUCAUCAAUAAAUCAAACAGCAUCUAUAAUAUCUCUAUCAAUGGAUGGUAAUAAAUUUUCAUGUUCAAAUGGUGGUUGUUUAGAUUUUGAAAAUCAUCCAGAAUUAAAAUGUUUAUCAUUGGCAAAUUGUAAAAUAAUUUCACUUUCACACAAUACAUUUUUAUCAAAUUUAAAACUUAUUCAUUUGGAUUUAUCAGGAAAUCAAAUUCAACAAUUAUCAGAAAGGACAUUUCUCAAAACACCAGCACUAGAAUCAUUAAAUUUAAAUGACAAUCAACUUUGGAAAAUACCAAAUCUUCAUAGUUUGAUUAAUUUGAAAAAUUUAUAUGUUAAAAAUAAUCAAAUAACAAAUUUAGAUAAAGAUUCAUUUAGUAGUUUAGAAAAUUUACAAAUUUUAUCAUUGAGUACAAAUAAUAUUGAUUCUAUUGAUAGUAAUACUUUUGAUAAUUUGUUGAGUUUAAUUGUACUUGAUCUUUCUGGUAAUCAAAUAAGUAAUUUAGAAUAUCGUUCAACGUUCAAUUUGCAAUAUUUGAUUUUAACAAAUAAUACAAUUUCAUCGAUGGAUAAUAUACAAUUGGGAAAUAAUACAACAUUAGAAUAUUUGGUUCUUGUGAAUAAUCCAUUAAUGAGUAUAACACCUAAAAUGUUUCAAUUUUUGCCUGAUGAUACGACAAUUGUAUUGAAAGAAAAAUCGACUGUGUCAUAAUAAAAGAAAACAUUUAUCUCUAUCUCUAAAUAUAUUUUUU